CAACUGACCGUUGAGACAUGUGGAACCAGGUUGGCUGGUACGGAGUCUGAUGUGAACGUUUCAUUGUUUAACAAAGCUGGUAUGAAAACAGAGAAUCUGAUAUCCGGAAAAGGGAGAAGAUUAAGUGCGAACGAGACGGAUAUCUACAUUCUGACAUCAAAGGACGCCGAAGACCUUGGUCCAGUAUGUAAAGUCAGCCUUCAUUUGACAAACAGUGGUUCUGAUUUGUGGGCAAUGAGGCAUUUAACGGUACGUCAUUUGGCAACAAAUGACAUUGGAACAUUCGGCAGAAAUAACUGCACAGGAGGCAACAAUACUUGGAAUAAACCGGUGACAUAUAAACGAAACGAACCUGCUGAUCCAUGGAAAGUCUGGGGAAAGUGUAGCUGUGAAACCAGGACCAGACGACGGUUACCUGAUCCAUGUAUGGAUGCUGGAGGUGUAGACGAUGAGAAGACAUGUACACCCGACGAAUGCCCUUGCGCUCACGUGAUGAUGUUUGCUGUAAUCGGUUCGGUUUUGGGGUUUCUUGCGUUGCCUCUGUUCAUCGGGGGAGUUGUCUGCUGUAUUAGACACAAUCAGCCGUCUGCCCCUGUAGUUAACGCCCAAGGAAUAAACGAGUAUCAAGCCGAAAAUUCACUCGUACCUUGCCACAGAUGUAAGAUGCUGGAUCACAGCAGCCCUUUGUCCCUGGUUCCGCGCACGAGCCAAGAAUGUGAAUUGGAAUACAUUUAUAUAUGACGCUGUAUACUUGGCAGCGACAAGAUGGUUAGACUAUCGUCAUUAAUUCCAGAGAAAAAAACAUGGAUCACAAGAUGAUUUUAUAGAUUUCAUCCAUGCAGGCACCACACGACCAGGAUGAAGUCCCAGUCACCGUUUCAAAAAUAUUAUAAUGGUACAAGUAUGUAUUUGCUUGUUAAUUACUUAACGCCAUGUUCAACAAGAUUACACUUAUACGAUGGUUGUCAGCUUGAUGGGUUGAGGUGCACAGCGUAAACAUUUGACAUUUGGCAAGCUACUGACAAACUUUCAUACAUGUGACGUGUAGAUAUAUGUACACCAUUUUAACGAACGUUAGACUACACGAGCGUGGCCGACAGCUUAGUCAUUGUCCAAAGGCCCCAGAAACAUCAGUCACAUGGGUGCGGGCCCUGGUCUGGUGGUCAAAGGUCCUGGCCUUCCAAUCACUGGGACCCACGAAGUGAGGGUUAAAAACCGACAUUCGAGGAGGAACCUGAGAUUCUCCCGGUCUCACUGCUUCUGGAGUCUUGGUGACAGAUAUGAGGAAAACGACACAUGCGGCGCAUGCGCAGUCGAACAAUCAUUGAAGACCACUCAUCUUCCACCAACAUGGUGCGCAUGUCCGUAAGUCACAUGUACGAAAAUUCGUCAGUAGCUUGCGAAAAAUUUGUUUAGCACGUUAAGCAGCAAUUUAAAGCUUUAAAAUAACAAACUUUUCUACAUAUACGAGAGCUGUAUGUAGACAUUGAUUUCUUUGUUUCAGUUUUCAAUCUUUCCUACGGUACUCCGUCUGAUAAACGGUGAGCAUCGCAAGGUUUCGGUUUAUCUCCAAUAACUCACUCACACAAUGACUCCUCAUAAACCGUUUGAAUUCAUAUAUGGAAUUUGGUCGUGUUUAAAUACCGUUUUUAAAAUAUACGUUUGGUGACACUAACUGCCCCAUAGCUUUCGAGUUAAUGCCUGGAAUUCGAUAGUAUUUGUAACGUUGAUAAUAUGCGUUUGUUGACAAUGACUGCUUCGAUAGCUUGCCAAUUAAUACUCGGCGUGUUUGUGUCGUUUAUAACACGCGUUUCUGACAAUGACUGUUCCCAUAGCUUCCCAGUUAAUACCUGGAAUUAAAUCGUUUUUGUAUCGUUUAUAAUAUCCCUUUGUUGACAAUGACUGCUCCAUGGUUUGCCAGAUAAGACGUAGAAUCAGAUCGUUGCUGACAAUGACUGCUCACACAGCUUCCCAAUUAAGACCCGGUACUAAAUCGUGUUUAUAUCGUUUGUAAUACGCGUUUCUGACAAUGACUGUCCCUCCCCAUCGCCCAAGCUUAUUAGAUCGUAUUUUUAUCGUGUUUAAUGUGCGUAUUUUUUUCUGGUGCGCACAUUGUCCUUGCGUAUACACAUUCAAUGUUUAUACUGGGGGUGAGUACCAGAUGUAACUGUUGUUUUCUCUUGUUUAAAGUGUUUUCUUUCUUUGAACUACGACUUGUGACAUCUCACUAAAUCAUGAACAUUCAGCUUUUUAUAAACACUUUUGAGAAUAUUUUUGACCUGGCCUUCUGGUAUUCGUCUGUUUCCUGUUGGGUGUUAUUGUAUAGAGAAUUCCUUGAAGUUCACUGCGAGGUGCGUUUUGUCAUGCUAACACCUGCGAAAUCACCGUAAAAUUAAAACAAUCUGUUCUUCACAAUUUUAGCAUUAUAAAUGUUUUACUCGUCCAUCAGCAAGUAAAUGAAAACGUCUGGGGUCAUCCGCCGCGCUCCUGUGUCGUGUAGCUGAAAUCAAAAGGUAAAGUCAUACCGGCACUUCCGGUAUCAUGCUGAGUAAGUUGACGGCAGCAGGGGUUUAAUCCCACUGAAACCAGUUUUGAUAUGGACUUGUUUGCAGUUCGUUGGCACGAUGGCGUGUAUGCUUUUGGUAUUGCUGGGAUGGAGCUUUUGUUCUUGGGGUGCAUUUUUCAAACGCGCAUGCGUCGAAGCCUGUGACCUAUCAUAUCGUUUUCUUUUUUUUUUUCCUUAUCAUUAUGAAUUACAUGCACCAACAGAUAUAUUUCGUAUUUCGAGGAGAUCGUGUAGCAUAUCAAUAACAACCAAUCUUGUUAUAACGUAAAUGGAUUAUACAUUUCAGUUUACUUCAGUACAUCUGACAUUUGUAUUCGCCCUGCUGUAAAUCUAUACAUUUGCUUUAUUCUAUGCAUUUUGAAUAUAUUCCUCUUUAUUCAGCUACAUCUAUACUUUUUAUAUUGCUUGAGUCUCAUAGUUCUACGUGAGUUCAAUAGUAUUAAUAAUGAAGUCGAGAUAUCACCACGUAAACGGAAGCUUUUGAUCCACAUGCCGGGAUCAUUAUCUAACAGCAUAUGGGUCGAAAGCUUGUGAAACAUUUUUCCUUUACUUGAUGAUGCCUUGACAUCAUUAUUACUAGAUAUACUUUGCGUUUCAUUUUUAUACGCAUGACUGCAUAUAAGAGAAAAAGAAUGUUUAAACGAAAAGUUAAAAAGAUUUACUUCUUUUGAAACGAUGGGAGUGAAGAACGUGGUUUUCUUUAUUUGAUUUGAUCGCCUUUAAAUGUAUCAUCCAGUAGGGAGGUUUUGAGGUCGAAUUAUUGUUUAGCUAAAGGUAAAAAAGUCCUCUUGUAUAUGAAAUGUCAAUGUACAAAACACAUUUUCUACUGGCUUUCACUCAAAAAAUUAAUUUUAACAGAAAGUCUCCUGUCUGAGAGACGAUAGAAUGUGUUCUGCUAUUAUAACACAGUAUUCUACCGUACAGUAUCAACAUCAUAAGCUAUCCUGUUAGUCUAUGAUGGAAUCUCUGUGUUGAAUUAAUGGAAUAUGUGUGUUAUAUUUAACUGAGGUCGAACAUCUCUUAAGUUUAAGAGAUUAAUUCUUGAGAGUUACAAAAGAGAUGGAUAUAUCUCUUAAUAUAUAGCGUCUAAUUUAGAUCACUUUCAUUUGAACUGCGACUGCCGGUUAAGAUGCAUAUCUUUAACCUCGCUAACGGUUGUAAAUAUUAACCCACUAGUUAAGGCGUUUGCUUUACAAGAAUUACGUCAUUAGAGACGUGGGUUCAAUCCCAGGCUCACUUGGCAAAUGACCACAGUGGAGAAUUUAUAUUAAAUUUUGAUUUUCCUACAGUUUUGUGGUAUGUGUCGUUAGCUCAUAUAUACCUGUACAGUGUCAGAGUGACCUUUCUCAGUGUGUUAUGUGUCAAGUGAAAAUUUGAUGAAGUGAACGGUAUUCGUCAGAGGUUUGUUGUAAAGAUUGUGAUUCUCGGUCGUGGUCGGAUAAUAUCUUAAGACUUCUCUGGGUACAAAUCAAAGGAAUUAUAUGAAACAUAUAAUCCGAUUAUACCUAUCAAGUUUAUCAGAUUCUAAUGCUCUACAGAUUAUUUAAGUACCUAAUGUAAAUAACACCCUAUGUUUAAAGUUCUAAUAUCUACUGAACAAGCCGAAGAUCUAACGGGUUUGUUUACUACACCUAUUUCUAAGUAGAUUGUACCUCUCAAAAUGCGCUAUCAAGAAAGAUUUUUAAUGAAUAUAUUUACAUUUGAAAUGUGUAUAAAAGGUGAACUUGAUUCUUAAUAAAAUAGACAAAUCCACUUGUGU